CUGGCGAGGACGCGCUGCAGGAGCAGCGUGUGAGAGGAAAUGAGGCACUGCUGCCGGCGCACAUCUGUAGAUCCCGCCUGACCUGAAGCAUCCAUAGGAAGACACCGUCAGCUCUGCUGGAUGAGGACCCCCCAGGCGUCACACAGCCCCGGGCCACUCACCUCGGGGGACGCCAACUGGGGACUGAACACCUGAGCAGAAUGGAAGGAUUGUUUUUUUCCCAAGGAGAAAAGCGGGGUAAAGAGGAGCCAAACAAUUCGGCCUGAAGUCCCUGUGAAUGAACUUUCAGGAGGCAAUUAAAGAAAUCCACUCAGGGGGACCUGGGUCCUGUGCUUUGCUUUUUGUCAGUGGGAGCCUGUCUUACACACACUUGGCAAAUGUCAGAGGUGGGAAAGAAGCAGGUUAAGUGGCUGGUGAGAAGCCUGCAGGUGGAGCCAGGAGCCCGGGUUCUGCUGCAAGUGUGAAGGAACCUGCAGCAGGAGAAGGCAAACUUGAACAUGACCUGUUGCACUUGGCAAGCUCCCGCGGCGACAUGCGCCUAAGGAGACCGUGCAGGCAUGGACCGUGCCGACUGCAGUUCCUGCUGCUCCUGCUGAUGCUGGGGGGCUUGCUGCUGAUGGUGGCCAUGCGGCACCCUCCCCCGCACCCCCAGCACCUGCCGCCGGCCCAGGUCAUGGAGCACAGCCCGGAAGCUGGGUACCGCCUGGACUUCGGGGAAUCCCAGGAGUGGGUACUGGAGGAUGACCAAGAGUACAGCCCCCUGGAGGACCUGCCGCCCUUCAUCUCGCUGCGGGAGGAUCAGCUCCUGGUGGUCGUGCCCCACCCCAGGGCCAGAAGGAACCAGAGCCAGGGCCGGAGAGGUGGCAGCUACCGGCUCAUCCAGCAGCCCAGCAGGAGGCUGGACGAGGAGGCUCCAGAGAGGGACUGGGGGGCUGAGGAGGAUGACUACCGGGACGUGUCUGAAGAAGAGGAGCUGAGCCCGCUCAGACUCGAGCAGGCGCUCAGCGCCCGCAUCCCUCUGCAGAGGGCGCUGCCGGAGGUACGGCAUCCGCUGUGUCUGCAGCAGCGGCCCGGGGACAGCCUGCCUACGGCCAGCGUCAUCCUCUGUUUCCACGACGAGGCCUGGUCCACCCUCCUGAGGACCGUGCACAGCGUCCUGGACACUGCUCCCAGGGCCUUCCUGAAGGAGAUCAUCCUCGUGGACGACCUCAGCGAACAAGGACAACUCAAGUCUGCUCUCAGCGAAUACGUGGCCAGGCUGGAGGGGGUGAAGCUGCUGAGGAGCAACAAGAGGCUGGGCGCCGUCAGGGCCCGGAUGCUGGGGGCCACCAGGGCCACCGGGGACGUGCUGGUCUUCAUGGACUCGCACUGCGAGUGCCACCCGGGCUGGCUGGAGCCCCUCCUCAGCAGGAUAGCUGGUGACAGGAGCCGGGUGGUGUCUCCAGUCAUAGAUGUGAUUGACUGGAAGACUUUCCGGUAUGAGCCCUCCACGGACCUGCAGCGCGGGGUACUAGACUGGAAGUUGGACUUCCACUGGGAGCCUUUGCCAGAGCGUGAGAGGAAAGGCCUGCGGUCCCCCACUAGCCCCAUCAGGAGCCCCGUGGUGCCUGGCGGGGUAGUGGCCAUUGACCGGCAUUACUUCCAAAACACAGGAGCGUAUGACCCGCUCAUGUCACUACAGGGUGCAGAAAACCUGGAGCUGUCUCUCAAGGCCUGGCUCUGUGGUGGCUCAGUGGAAAUCCUCCCCUGCUCACGCGUGGGGCAUCUCUACCGCAGUCAGGACACCCCCUCCACCCUUGACCAGGAGGCCGCCCUGCAGAACAAGGUUCGCCUUGCUGAGACCUGGCUGGGCUCCUUCAAAGACACCUUCUACAGGCACAGCCCGGAGGCCUUCUCCCUGAGCAAGGCGGAGCAGCCAGACUGCACAGAGCGCCAGCAGCUGCAAAGGAGACUGGGUUGCCGGACAUUCCACUGGUUUCUGGCCCACAUCUACCCUGAGCUGUACCCAUCUGAACGCAGGCCCAGGUUCUCUGGAAAGCUCCACAAUACUGGACUCGGCUUCUGUGCUGACUGCCGGGCAGACAGGGAGCUCCUGGGCUGCGCUGUGGUGCUGGCUCCGUGCAGUGACAGCCGGUGGCAGCAGCAUCUGGAGCACACCGGCAGGAAGGAGAUCCACUUUGGUGGCAUGCAGCACCUAUGCUUCGAUGUCCAACAAGAGCAGGUGAUUCUUCAGAACUGCACCAAGGAAGGCCCUGCCAUCCAUCAGCAGCACUGGGACUUUCAGGGGAAUGGAAUGCUUGUCCACAUUAUUUCUGGGAAAUGUAUGGAAGCUAUUGUGCAGGAAAACAAUAAAGAUUUGUACUUGCGCCCGUGUGACGGAAAAGCCAGCCAGCUAUGGCAGUUUGACCAAGUCAACACUGUGGAUGAGCGAUGACUGUAGUUAUCAGAAGAAAAAGAAGAUUUGGGUAUCAAUGUUCAACCCCAAGGGAAUUAAAAGAGCAUGAAUAUUCCACAAAGCGGACGGACACUUCUGCAUUUAUGCUCCUGGUGAUAAUAAAGAAGAAAACUCCACAAGUAAAUACAGAAAAGUCUUUCCUUCCCACAACUUCUUUUGCUGACUGUUGUUUUUAAAUAGGAAAAUGGAAAAAAAAAAUGGAUUCAUUGACUUGUUUUCAUCAUGGACAAGUGAUCAAAUAGUAUAGAAGAUGCUUUGUUUCUCUCCGUUUUCUCCACCGAGCACUUAAUAAUUGCUUCUUAUGUCUGACUAAGGAGUGAGGCCUGGGCAUUCCCUGGUAGCCCGUCCAGGAUACACAAAUCCAAUCAAUCCAUUUAUUUCUAACGGCCCUACCUUGAGUUGUCUGUGCAACCAACCAGGUCACAGCCUCUGUAAAGAAGGGCUUUAAAGACCUGGCAUUCCAAAAACAUUGGACAAAUACCAUGUCCAUCAAUUGAGUCAUAUCUCAGAAGAAGGAAAGAAAGCCACUGAAAGAGAAGCAGGGCUAGACAAAAGAUAGAAAUGAACACUGGCCCAAUUCUCCAGCUCAGCCUUGCAGCUGAGUCAAUAGACCUGGAAUAAGACAUUUUCAUGUUCAUGAGAAUUUCCUCAGAACUUUCUACCUCCACUCACCCUGCACUAUCCCUUCUCUAGCUUGGUUAAACACAACCAGAUUUUAAUGUAAUGUAUUUCUCUCCAGUUGUUGGUGUUGGGAGGGUCUGCUCAGACUGAGCCUUCCCAUGGAAAAAAGUAGACACAGUCGAGAAACUCUCUCGAAGCCCUGUUACAGUGUUUGCAUUGACUAGAUUAGAAAUAGCAACCUUUUCAAAGAGGCAAACCUCCCUGAGGGGAAAUGUCGUCAUGUGAGCCAAAAUUUUUAUGACAGGAAGCGAAGUUGGUGUAAAUGUCCAUGAGCACUGACAGGACCAUCUCUCUGCAGUAUAAGUCUGCCCAGAGGAACUAUCCAGGAGUCCCAAAUGUGCCCACAGAGGAACUAUCCAGGAGUCCCAA